AUGACAGCUCUAGCCGGGGGCAUACCGAGGAUGAUGCGCCCGACACACCACCAAAACUACCCGCGGGGAGGCUACUCUCUGGAAGGUAGGCAGUCGCAAAUAAAUAUGGGUCCAAAUGGAACCAAGUGCAUGUUUCUUGCGUAUUGGAAGAUUUUGUUUGUUUGUCAUUGAUUCAAUCAGAUAGCAAGUGUUGAUAUUUUGUCAACUUCGAACAGAUGAAAAAUUGUUGUUCGUCUAUAAAUAAUGUUGUUUGCCUUUCAACAGACAAUUAGGCUACACAUGAACUAGAAUUGUGACAGUGAAUCAUAGUUGAUAUAUUCACAAAAAUGGUAUGCUAUUGGAAAGUAACCUAUACACUACUAGGCCAUGUAACAAUCGCUGAUUCCGUUGAAUUGACAUAGCAGCUGUUAUCAAAAGAACGACAAUGCUCAUGUUAUGAAUUUGAUAUUUAUCGAUUUAGGCAACAUUGUGCACUAUUAAUUAGGUCUAAUGUAAAAACAAUACCAAUCAACCUCUUGCAUAUACCUAGCUAGAUUAAAUUGUAUUUUAGAUAUCAACAUAUUUUCUUGCAACAGGUCUCUCUUGAAAGAUAUAGCCUAUUUUAUUUUCUCACUGAGACAAAUCAGGAUAAUAAAUAAAUAUAGGCCUGAUUGUUUGGGCUUUUUUGCUGUUGUUGUUAUUUUUGUUGUUGAAGUAAUUGUUGUUAGUGAAUGACAUGCGUUCCCUCCUUCCAGUCUCUACCCCGUUAGGCCAGGGCCGGGUGAACCAACUCGGUGGAGUGUUUAUUAACGGCAGACCCUUGCCCAACCACAUCCGCCACAAGAUCGUGGAGAUGGCCCACCACGGCAUUCGACCCUGUGUCAUCUCCCGCCAGCUCCGAGUCUCCCACGGCUGCGUGUCCAAAAUCCUGUGCCGGUAUCAGGAGACCGGCUCUAUCAGACCCGGGGCCAUCGGAGGCAGCAAACCCAAGGUGAGGGCCCUAGAACCGGGUUGCAAGACCUGGCUGAAAUAGGCUUUGAUAAUCAAUAGCAGAACAUUUUAUUUUUAUUUUCAACUUUUAACCAAGCCCAUAUGCUCCAACCCUAUCAACAUCACUAACGACAAGAGAGAGUUAAUGGGAGAUGACAGUCCAGAAAAGUAAUGUGCUAUCUAAAAGGACACGUAAUGUGUUGGUAUAAUUUAUCGAAUUGUUAUGUGCUAUUAAUUCAUUCCCAAUUUGAAAUAGACUACUUUUUUUCAUUGAUAAGGGCAUUUGGUCUGUGUUUUAAGCACACUUAUACACACUCUAUUAACCCACCAAAUGUGGAUGUAUAGUCAAAACCUAGGUUUUAUAAACUAUCAAGUAAACAAUCAAACUCAACAGAACCAAGCACAGGCUUACCCCUUAGGCUACUUGUUAUUUUGUAUUAUGCACUGUCUAAUUUAUUCAGAAAGGAAACCGUAUUUUGCAACAACAAUAUACUGAAAGAAAUAUGUUUGCAUUUUUGGCAUGAAGCAGACAACCACCCCAGACGUGGAUAAGAAGAUCGAGGAAUACAAGAGAGACAACCCAGGAAUGUUCAGCUGGGAAAUCAGGGAUACAUUACUCAAAGACGGCAUCUGCGACAGAAACAAUGUCCCCUCAGGUAGUUACAUUUUAUUGAUAAAAAAACAAACAAUUUGUAAUACAUACAACAUCACUAAAAUACAUCACUACAAUAUAUCUGAACUUUUCCAAUCCUGUCAUUCAAAAUAAACACUUAUGGACGGUAGACUAUAGGCCUACUUGACUGAAAUCGUCUAAACUUUUGCAUAGUAAAAAAGGCAAUGUUGCAAAUAAUUUGUCAAGCGAGGAUAUAGCCUAUGCCUAAUAAAUCAUAACUGCAGUUGGCUAAAUAACGAAAACAAUAUUUGAAUGUAUCUGUAAACUUUUCUGAAAGUUAAAAUGUUCGCCAUGCAUUGCCUAAUAACGGGAAAUAUGAAUGCCAUGUGUGAACAAAUCAACAGGUGCUAUAAUGGCAAUAUGAAUAGAAUGUUAGUAUGUCUAAUACCUGUUUUGAUACAAGUUUGCUCAUAUCCUGUAUUCAUGCAUGCAAGAAAAAAAAUGUAGGCCUAUAAUUUGAUAUUUUGUUUCGAAGUGAGUUCAAUCAGCCGCACAAUGCGUUGUAAAUUCGGGGGCGGUGGAGGAGAAGACGAGGAGGACGAUGAUGAAAUCGAGAAGAGGGAAUUGGAAGAGAACGAAAGAAGGGCGAAACACAGCAUCGACGGCAUCCUCGGGGAUAGACGUAAGUAA